GCUCUUGUCGUAUUCAGAAUGGGGUUAUUGGCUAUUCAGUCCAAUGCUAUCAACCAGCAUCUCAAAUACAGAACUCUUCACUGUCUUGCCCAAAGGCGUUUUCUUUCUCAACUCUUGUCCAAAGAUCAUCCUGUUCACAGAAUGAGAAGGCCUUCCAUCAGAAUUGCAAUUGCUUCCAGUAUUUUGAUGUUUUCUUACUACUUGAACACCAGCUUCGAUCUUUCCUUUUUGAAUCCCACUGAUUACUUCAAGAAAAACGUAAUCUACUCUGACACCCCUGCCAAUUCUAACAACAACAGCAACAACAAUAACAGUGGCACCACUCUUUUUACGUCUUUCAGUAUUAGAAACGACUCGAAUUCCUCUAACAUCAACAGCACUGCUUCUAAUGCCUAUUUCUCAACCUAUUCCAACAGUCAAAAGGAUUACAACAAACAAAGUAUAGAUCUACUAUCAGACGAUCAGUUUUUAAAUAUCUUGAGGAAACAUGAGGAAAGCUUUAAUAUCAACAGAAAUAACGGUGUACUAAGAUACGAUAUCUCUCAAUUGCCCUCAAAUAAUCCUGUUGAAGAUGAUCGUUCAGAAAAAAUAGUUCAAAUUCCCUACAAUGAUAAUGAUAACAAUAAAAACAGUAAUAAUGUAAUGGAUUGGAUGCUAUGGGGAAUUUACGAUGGUCAUGCUGGUUGGACAACUUCAAACUAUCUUAAAAACCAUCUACUAGAUACAAUAAUAAACGAGCUAUCUGUUGCCUAUUUAGAAAAAUCCUCUUCUCCUUCUUCUCCUUCUUCUCCCCCUCCUCCUUUUCCUUCCGCUUAUCAAAUUAAAAACUUUGAAAGCCCAUCUCAUUUAUCAAACUCAAUUGAUACUGCUAUCAAAUUAGGGUUUUUGAUCUCCGAUGAUAUUCUAAUCAACAAAAAUAUUCAAUCCCUAUUUUCAAUCUCCGAUAAAAAUUUAAGAACUUCAACCGCUGCUGAACUAUUAAUGCCUGCCUUAUCUGGUUCUUGUGGCUUGGUCUCCUUUUAUGACUCAAAUUCAAAAUUAUUGAAAAUAGCUGUAACUGGUGAUUCCAGAGCUAUUUUAGGCUCCUUCGAUGAUAACUGGACCGUAGAAGCUCUAUCAAUUGAUCAAACUGGUUCAAAUCCACACGAAGCUCAAAGAAUAAGACAUGCUCAUCCGGGUGAAAAAAACGUCAUCUCGAGAGGUAGAGUCCUAGGUUCUUUAGAACCAACUAGAGCAUUCGGAGAUGCAAGAUAUAAAUGGACCUCCGAUUUACAAGAUAAAAUUACAAAAAACUUCUUUGGUAGAAAAUAUUCAGAAAAUUUAAAGACCCCUCCUUAUGUCACUGCUGAACCAGUUAUUCAAAGCAAAAAAAUCGAUCCAAAAACUCACAAGUUUCUAGUCUUAGCAACUGAUGGUUUGUAUGAAUUAUUGUCAAAUGAGGAAAUCGCUGGUUUAGUCAUAAGAUGGAUGCAGAGAAAAAAUUUUAAUAACAUUCAGUCCUCAGUUUCCAAGAGCAACUCAUCUUCUGCCUCAAAAUUGGGCUGGAAUCUUUUACACCCCUUCUCAUCUAAUACCUCAGCUGAAAAUAUAAAACAGUUACCCAAUGUAACUGAUGUAACUGACAAAGAACAAUCUGCCUUUUUGAAACCCCCUUUUAGAUCAAAAUCAGAUAAUAAAUUGCAAAACGAAAUUUUCCUCGAUGAUGAAAAUUGUGCAACCCAUUUAAUCAGAAAUGCCUUGACGAAUUGCAACACAAAAAACAUUGAUCAAGGUAAAAUGCUAUUAAGUGUGCCAUCUCCCUGGUCGAGAAGAUAUAGAGACGACUUGACUGUCACCGUUAUCUUCUUUGGUGAUCAAGAUUCAAUAUCUCACAAGAUCAAUAUCGAUGGCAAAAUUGAAUCCAAUCUCGAGGCUACAAAAGGUGGUCGUUCUUCUCCUAAAUUAUAAAUAUGCUAAAUUCGUCUCCCAUUCUUUCCAAUUUUUUUACUCAGGUUUCUUGUUUCAUUAUAUAUAUAUAUAUAUUAUUAUUAUUCAUCUUUUAUAUUAUUUAGUAAUUGUUCAAUAACCAUUUCAUCUUGUUUCUAUUUAUUUUGUUUUUUUAUUAUUUUGUUUUUUUAUUAUUUUGUUUUUGUCUCAG